UCCAUUUUGGAUAAUACCUACGUGCAUCAUGGCCAACAGGAUGCAGUCUACACGCGAAUUGACUCCGACUUGAAUUCCUUUCACGCCCAUUGCUGAAAUUCGGCCUGCAACUCUAAUCCUUCCCGCUUAAUUUGAUAGUGUCUUUCACUAGUCUAAAUUUCGGGUAUAAAAGUCUCGGUGAUUCCCCCUAUCUUCAUCAGUUAACUCCGUGCUUCAGUACAGCCUCCAUCAGCUCCAAUCCAUCAGAAUGGCUUUCAAGUUCGUCAUCUUAGCUGCCCUCGCAACCGUAGCCAGCUGCGGCUACGCCGGCCCAGCCUACACAAAUGGAGCAGCUCUAGCCGGUGCUGGUUACGGAGCCGGAGCUUACGGCCACGGUGCUGCAUCCCCCUUGGCUUACGGCCACGCUGCGGUGGCCGCCCCCGCGAGUUACGGCCACGAAUCGUACCCUGACGCGCACCCCGCCUACAAAUUCGAAUACAGCGUCCACGAUCCACACACCGGAGACUCCAAGACCCAGGCCGAAUCCCGCAACGGUCACCACGUCAGCGGCUUCUACUCCGUAGGCGAACCCGACGGAAGCACCAGGACCGUCCACUACGCCGACAACGGCCACGGUUUCGAGGCCACCGUACAUAAGGAACCCGGCCACCACCCAGUUGUUGCCCCAGCCCCUGUCCAUGCUGCCCCCCUCCACGUCGCUCCGGCACCCGCCUACCAUGCAGCUCCGGCACCCGCCUACCACGCAGCUUUGGCUUCCGCCUACCAAGCUGGUCCGGCACCCGCCUACCACGCCGCCCCAAGCUACGGAAACCACGCUUGAAACUUUCUAGUCAGUCCAUGUGAUCGUUUUAGUGUAAAAUUAGUCAAUUCAAAUAAACAACCGUUAAAUUGA